AUGACUUCUGUGGCAAGCAAGAACCUUUACGAGCUUCUGGGCAACGACCCGGAGCUCGACCCCAACAGAGAGCCUGAGCCUCCUACCAAGGUCAUGGACAAGCCCGUCCAGCGCGCCGGCAAGCGCAACGCUGGUGCCGAGGCCCCCGCUGCCGCCGACGCUCCCAGACCCGCUGGCCGUGGUGGCCGUAACGCUGCCUUUACUGGCUCUGAGCAGGCUUUCCGCGAUAGAGGCGCCGGUGCCCAGAACAACAGAGCCAAGCCCACCGACGAUGGUGUCCGCCAGGACCGCCACCCCAGAAACGCUGGCGAAGGUGGUAACAGAGGCCGUGGACCCCGUGGUGGCCGUGGUGGUGCUAGAGGACCCCGCACUGGCCGUGACGACAAGCACGACCGCACUGGACACGCCGGCAGCAACGACCACGCCAAGCAGGCCGGUGCCGCCUGGGGUCACGAGACCGGUAACGCCGAGUUGAACGACGAGAAGGCCGCUCUUGCCGAUGCUAAGGCCGAGGAGGCCAAGGAGGGUAUCGUUUCCGAUGUCACCGCUGUCGAUGCCGAGGGCGUCGCUGCCCAGGAGACCCCCGCCGAGGAGGACAACACCAAGUCCUACGAGCAGUACCUUGCCGAGCAGCUCGAGAAGAAGGCCGCUCUUGCCGGCAACUUCGAGACCCGCAAGCCCAACGAGGGUGCCUCCAAGAAGUUCCCCGAGGGCAAGGCCUUCGAGCGUGACUCCAACGAGAACUACGUCUCCCCCUCUGCCGCCAAGGCCAAGAAGCAGAAGGAGCGCAAGGACAAGAACCUCCUCGACAUCGAUCAAGCCUGGAAGGAGGAGCAGUCCCAGUCCCAGGACUCUGGAUUCCGUGGUGGCCGUGGUGGCCCUCGCGGCGGUAGCGACCGUCCUCGCGGUGGACCUCGCGGCGGACGCGGUGGCCCCCGUGGCGGUGCCGCUAGAGGUGGUGCCCCUCGUGACAGCGCUCCUCGCGCUCCCCGUUCCUCUGCCGCCCCCGUCAACGUCGGCAGCUCCUCGGACUUCCCCAGCCUCGGUGCUUAA